CAUUUGAAAAAAUGAUUAAAACUUUUUCUCCUGCGACAAAAAUUAUUUGUCGCCAAACACUGAGCAACAGGAUAUCUACUUCCUUCUCUUAUAUGACGACAAAUCUUAUAAGAGAUUUGUCUGAAGUUUCUUAUUUAUGCACCACUGCUGAUUGCUGGAGUGGUCAUCGAAGGGCUUUUAUAGGACUUACUGCACAUUGGCUGGAUCCGUUAACCCUCAAGAGAAGGUCAGCCGCUUUGGCACUGAGGAGGAUAAUUGGGAGGCAAACAUAUGAUGUUUUAGCCAACGAAAUCAUGGGUAUCCACAAGUUCUAUAAAAUUCCUAAUAAGGUGGUGAAGAUGGUGACUGACAAUGGAACCAACUUUGUCAAGGCAUUUAAAGUUUUUGGAGAAAAUGAAGAAGAUAGUAGUGAGGAUAUGGAAUUGAUAAAUUUGAAUGACAUAUUAUCCGUUGAUGACCCAAUUAUUCCUGUGAUCUCAAUUAUAAACGAAUAUCUAGUUCCACUUUUGCAAAAUGUUUUGCUUUAGUUAAUAAACAAAAUAUGUCGUCAAAAAUGGCGGAUAUUUUAUUGGAGAAAUUGGGAAGAUAUUUAAUAGCUCCCAACAAGACAAGAUGGAAUUCUUAUUACCAAUCCAUGAAAUUAAUAGAGAUGCUUUCUGAAAAGUUUUCAGAAGUAGAAUAAGUAUGUGAUUAAAUUGGAUUUGCAAUGUUUAAGCAAGAGGAAUGUUUUUUUGUUAAAGAGUAUGCAACAGUUAUGGAACCUUUGGCGAUCUCGUUAAAAAUCUUGGAACGGGAUGAUAAUAUGAAGCAGGGAUAUCUAAUUCCCGUUCUAUCGAUAUUGAUAGAUAAAUUAACGAAAUUUAGCUGCCUGCGGUAUUGUCAGCCCCUUGUAGAUAGUGUUCUUAGAGGUAUUGAUAAAAGAUUUCCUUCACUGUAUGAAGACAGUAACAUUUUGGCAGCCAUGAUUCACCCUAAAUUUAAACUUAAUUUGCCUUAUAUUAAUCUGCCACAAAAUAUGAUGGUAAAAGAAAGAUUAUUUGCCCAUUUGGAAAAUAUGCAGGAACAACCAUAUGCGGAUACCUCAAAUGAAUGUAUGGAUGACAUAGAUGCUUUUUUUGGGAAAAAUACUGUACAAAAUGCUUGUUCGGUUAAAAAAAUUUUUUAUUCAAAUGAUGAUUUCAUGAAUAUUUCUAAUACUUAUAUUAAUUUAAAUAAAAUAUUUAUUGAAUAUAAUACACCUUUGCCAUCAAGCGCUCCUGUGGAGCACUUGUUUAGUAAAGCUAAACAUGUUCUAAAUGAAAAUAAAUAAAUAUAUUAUAAUUGUUAUAUUUAUUAUUCAAUUACAAUAAAUUUCUAUCAUAUUUAAUUUAUUUUUAUAUUAGUUAAUUUUG